AAGAAUUGAGUGUUGGAAUUGAGUGUUCUAAAAACUUUUCCGAUCCGACUCGCCGCAUCUCUCUCGUCGUUCCACCCUUCUCUGAGAAAACUCCUCAAAAGCAGAUCAACUCGCUGCAACCAUCGACGGAUUCACCUUCGCCCACUCCCUUCAAUUCAAAACCCUAACUCGCUUACUCCGCCAACUCUGAAUCUCCUAGGCGUGCACUACACUACUCAUGCCCAAGUAUUCUUGUCUCCGCCGCGCAAUUUCUACCCAGAUUUGCUGAUUGUUAUAUAACAAUGAAUAUUCGGUUUCUUGAUAAUGUCCCGUGGUUCAACCUUCUAUGUAAAGAUGAAAUGGCAUCAGCUACAAUGCCCACUACCGUGCUGAUACAGAGUCCUAGACAAAAUGCUCAUAUUGAUAUCAAGUUUUGGGAAUGGCCUAUAUUUUCAUUUAUUCCUUGGGCAAUUUCUGCCAGGAAUAAAAUCCAAAUGCCAUCCACUGUCAACCAAAAGCUAAAAGGUCGCUCUCGAGCUCGUGGCAGAAAUGAACUUGUUGGCCCAAAUUAUAUACGAUUCAGACCGUAUGUUUCAAAGGUUCCUUGGCAUACAGGUACAAGGGGUUUUCUAUCACAACUGUUUCCACGCUAUGGGCAUUACUGUGGCCCAAAUUGGUCAAGUGGGAAAAAUGGUGGAUCUCCGAUUUGGGAUAUUAGACCGAUUGAUUGGUUGGACUUUUGUUGCUAUUGCCAUGACAUUGGUUAUGACACUCAUGACCAAGCUGAGCUGCUCAAGGCAGACCUCGCAUUUCUUGAGUGCUUGGAGAAGCCUCACAUGAAUACCAAGGGUGAUCCUCACGUUGCUCUCAUUUACAAAACAAUGUGCAUUUCCGGCCUGAGGAACAUAUUGAUUCCUUACCGCCAACAGCUCUUGAAGUUACAAUCAUGGCAAUUGCCUCUUCAGUUUGGAUGGUUAAGCAACUUUAAAUGGAAAUGGCCAAAUCCAGGAACACUUGAAGAGAAAGUAAACAUGUUGUGCCAAAAACCAGCAAAAUGAAUGUUGCCAUUAUCGUCUUGGAACCUGAUGUGUCUUUGUGCUUCCUGUAUGAUCAUGAAAAGCGUGUGAGAAGGUGUGGACAUGUGAAAAUAAAGUUAUAGAAAGUAAAUAAAGUUUAAACAUGUGAAUAGUAAACAUGUACUAUAAUUUGAGACGGAGGGAGUAUAAAUUUAUAUUCUGUAAUAAUAGCAACUCAGUAUCGACUUCUUAUGGGAUGCAUAGACCACGAGUGUUAUUGUAAAGUAGUUAUGGACUUAUGGGUUA